AUGACUGCAAUCAUAGGCUCCGGCGCGCAGUCGCGCUAUAGGCUUGCGCAAGAGCAGGAAUUCUACAAGUAUAUCCCCCAAGGUCAUACGUCGUCGCGGUAUGCGCCAUUCGAUCGUGCCAGUAGCGAGAACUUCGCUCCCCAGCCAUCUCCAGAUGCGGCUUUGACGUCCUUUGCUCAGCUGGCGGCGAUCCGACUGGGCGCGGAGCGGGCUCUGGUUUCUCUAUUCGAUGCGUCCUAUCAACAUGUACUGGUGGAAGCCACUCCGACCCUAAGUCUGGUCGGGGGUCAUGCUCGGAAUGAUGGCGAGCAAUUGAAGCUGGGAGCCUGUGUUUUUCCCAAGGAAAGGGGUAUUUGUCAAUUCGCAGAGACAGUACCCCUUUGUGGACAUCAAGGGGACUCUCCGGAUUUUGAGAAGAGCACAGUGGUUGUUCUGGAUGCCAGCAAAGACGGCCGGCUAGAUCGCUCCAAGUUGCACACUGCACUCUCGGACAUGUUGUUCUUCGUGGUGGUGCCCAUCAUCAGUCCCCGCCGAUUGAAAAUCGGGGCCCUGUCUAUUAUGGACAGCAAAGCGAGGCGGUCAGGACCGGAUCAGCAUACCAUGCAGUUUUUGAAGGACAUGGCUGCGACGAUCAUGGACCACCUAGCCAUGAGGGCAACAACAGUCAAAAACCGUCGAGCGGAACGCAUGAUCGUCGGCCUGGGCAGCUUCGUUGAGGGUAGAACCACGCUACGCGACUCCUGGACAGAGGCUCAUGAACAACAUAUGGCAUUAGAAAACUCGGGAGAGAUGACGGAAGGGCAGCUCAAUAUGGAACAGCAAGAUUUGCAAGAGAGUGCAGCCGAACCGAAAGAAGCAAACGGUACGGACAAGAAGAGCCUCCCCAUUAGGGAAUUCACCCGAAGGCCUUCUCGCUCCCAUCGCCCUCCAACACCAAGUCCAGGGUCACGAAAGGAUGGUCGGAAAGCGAAGGUAGACCAGCAAAUACUUCAACAAAAAACAGGGAUAAAGUUCACCCACGAUGACAAGUCUGCGCGAGCAGUGCUCACAGGAAGCGCUUUGAAAGAAGAUGCCCUCCCGCCCACGAUUAGAAAUGUUUUCUCUCGCGCAGCAAACCUACUCAGAGAGUCAAUUGAAGCGGAAGGCGUGGUUUUCCUUGACGCGUCGGGUCACCGUUUUGGCGGUCUUGUCGACGAUACUAAGCGCAGGCUUUCCGGCUCCGACUUUGAUGAUCAACGAUCCAGAAGUGAAUAUGAAACUGCUGGCUCGGAUAGCUCAAACCAACGAUCCGUCUCUGAUCAAGACAACGAAGGCAACGAAGGGCAAACCGGCACCUCCCCGUUUUCUGAAUGCCUAGGUUUCUCGAGCUCAAGGAUAUCGAGUAUCAAUGACGAAGAAGGAGCCAGGCAGGCUGUCAUGGUACCUGAGCGACUUUUUACUUCCCUAAUUCACCGUUAUCCUCAUGGCAAAAUCUUUGCCUUUAACGCCGAUGGGUCUGUAUCGGAGGAGAGCGACGAUCGAGUACCACGAAAAUCGGAAUUCGAAAAAGACACCACUUCCCAGCAGGCGGAGCAUCGCUCAUCUACGAAGCGAUCACGUCAGCCAGGCUUCAAAAGGUAUGCCAAAGAGUUGAUCAAAAUAUUUUCCGGGGCUAGGAGUAUUCUUGUUCUGCCCCUGUGGGAUGCAGAUCGCAGCAGGUGGUUUGCUGGUGCUCUGAUCUGGACAAACGAUGCAGACCGGAUCUUUACUCCGGAGAACGAACUGGUCUAUACAUCUGCGUUCUCGAAUAGUAUCAUGGCCGAGAUGCGCCGCAUCGAUAUGGAGGUUGCAGAAAGGGCCAAGACCAACCUCAUUAGCAGCAUUACCCACGAGCUUCGAAAUCCGCUGCACGGCAUUUUGGGUACGGCCGAUAUUAUGAGUGAUACGGCCAUGAAUGCUCUUCAACAUGGUAUGGUCCACACGGUCGAGUCUUGUGGCCGUACCUUACUGGACACGAUCAACAGCCUGCUUGAUCUGACAUUUAUCGAUCAAUACCGAAGGGGCGACACUUCCCAAAGGCGUAAGAAUCAGAAGAACAAUCGAGGGCUGCCCGUCGGGAAUAAGUCCAAGUCACUAGCUGCACACGUUGAGCUGGAUUAUGUUCUCGAGGAAGUCGUAGACUGUGUCUUUGCCGGUUACUGUUUCUAUAAUCACCCCCAGGCGCCUCCGCCAGCUUUGACGGAGUCGACUUCGCGGUCAGCUGGCCAAACACACGAGGCCGAGCCUGUUGGCCCUCAAGCGUCGCAGGUUACCGUCAUAUUUGACAUUGAACCUAAUACAGAAUGGGCCUUUCAUACCCACGCGGGAGCAUGGAGACGCAUACUCAUGAACGUCUUCGGCAAUGCCCUCAAAUACACGCAGAAGGGCUAUAUUUACGUGGGAUUGACGUCUUCCCAUUGUAACACCAAUAGGUCGACCAAGUCGCCCAGCAAGGAUCAAAAGGAUGUCUUCAACAUGACCAUUACGGUAAAGGACACCGGAAAGGGCAUCGGACCGUUGUUUUUGCAAAAUGAUCUGUUCAGUCCUUUCAAACAGGAGGAUCCGAUGGCUCCAGGCAGCGGGUUGGGCCUCAGCAUUGUCCGGCAGGCUGUUGGGUUCCUCGGUGGCUCAAUCGAUAUCCAGUCCACGGUAGGGGAAGGGACCCAAAUCUCAAUUCACGCACCCCUCACGAAAUCGGUCACAAAACCCGACGAUACUUCUUCAAAGUCCUUCGCUACGCUGAGGAGGUCUACCGAAGGGAGGUCUAUCGGAAUCCUAGGGUUUGGAGAGACUCUCCGCUCCCAGCGCGACACGGCCCUUUAUUCAUCUUUAGAGAGAAUGUGCACCCAGUGGUUUGGGUUAAGAGUCGCAAAGGUCUCCCCCUCGGGUGAAAAGCAGCCUAGCUGUGACUUUUAUCUCGCUAUCCAGACGGAAUUGGACUGCGAAGAUACUGAGGGAAGGGAUCUUUUUGGUCUUCCCGGCCACUUUGAUAUCGGAGACUCGAUCCCUAUCAUAGUCAUUUGCCAGUCGCCGGAAGAAGCUCACCACAUGUUCGUUGCUGCCAAGGGUCGGAGCGAAAAGCUAUUCUUUGAAUUUGUGAGCCAGCCGUGUGGGCCCCGCAAGCUCGCUCGGGCAAUGACGAUGUGCAUUAAACGCCAGCGUGAACAGCAGAGUGACGAGCCAACCCGCUGGGUUGAGGUUCCCGAGUCCUCCCACCUCCCUCUCGACAUCCAAGCCAGCGACCCACCUGCUGAUCGGAUGAAAAUCAGCAAACGACCUACUAAAGAGACCAUGGGGACUGAAGAAGAUGGAACCCCCGGGGCCAAAGAAUCCGGACGAUCAAGCGCAGAUCAGGAAUGGGCUCAACAAUCAGCGAUGCCCAACUCCUCUGGAGAAGAGAAACCGAAUCUUCCGGAGCGAAGUGUGCUUCUUGUAGAUGACAACGAUGUCAACCUACAGCUACUUUGUGCCUUCACCAAGAAGGACGGUUACAGAUACAAGUACGCGAGGGAUGGAGCUCAAGCAGUUGAGGUCUACAAAGCCAAUCCGGGGGAGUUCCACGUCGUUGUAAUCGAUAUUUCGAUGCCCGUCAUGGAUGGCUUCGCAGCAUCACAGGAAAUACGGCGCAUUGAGAAAGAGUACCGUGCGGGGCUCUCCGAAUCGGAACGUCAAGCUCUCCCGCCUGUCAUCAUUGCUGCCUUGACUGGACUUGACAGUGCUGGUGCGCAGAAGGAGGCACUUGGCUCUGGAAUUAACGUCUUCCUGGUUAAGCCGCUCAAGCGAGCGGAACUGCAAGCAGUUCUACGCCGGGAGGUAUAA